GAAUGAAUAUAGCGUCGCAACUCCUCGCCCACCUGGCAUUACUCACUCACUCCGACCACAUUGAAGGACGACGUGAGGAGCUACAGACUAAACUAAAGCUAGCUGAAAGUUUGCUUUUCUUUCUAAGGACAUUCUACUAAGAAACUAUCAUGCGUGAAUGCAUCUCUAUCCACGUAGGCCAGGCCGGUGUCCAGAUGGGAAACACCUGCUGGGAGCUUUACUGUCUGGAACAUGGCAUCCAGCCGGACGGCCAAAUGCCCGACCGCAAGGCCGUGGGAGGCCACGACGACUCCUUCACUACCUUCUUCAGUGACACUGGGUCUGGGAAGUAUGUCCCCAGAGCUAUCUUUGUUGACCUGGAACCCACUGUCAUUGAUGAGGUGCGGACAGGAACGUACCGUCAACUAUUCCACCCAGAACAAAUGAUCUCCGGAAAAGAAGAUGCAGCCAACAACUACGCCCGUGGACACUACACCAUCGGCAAGGAGAUCAUUGACUCUGUCCUGGACAGAAUCCGCAAACUGGCUGAUCAGUGCACAGGUCUCCAAGGCUUCCUUGUCUUCCACUCCUUUGGUGGAGGCACAGGCUCAGGCUUCACCUCCCUGCUGAUGGAGAGACUCUCUGUUGACUUUGGCAAAAAGUCUAAGCUUGAGUUUGCCAUCUACCCGGCCCCCCAGGUCUCCACCGCAGUGGUUGAGCCUUACAACUCCAUCCUGACCACCCACACCACCCUGGAGCACUCUGACUGUGCCUUCAUGGUGGACAACGAGGCCAUCUACGACAUCUGCCGCAGAAACCUCGAUAUUGAUCGCCCGUCAUACACCAACCUGAACAGGCUCAUCAGCCAGAUAGUCUCGUCCAUCACAGCCUCUCUUCGCUUCGAUGGAGCCCUGAAUGUUGACCUGACAGAGUUCCAGACCAACUUGGUGCCUUACCCUCGUAUCCACUUCCCUCUGGCCACCUAUGCUCCAGUGAUCUCUGCGGAGAAAGCCUACCAUGAGCAGCUGUCUGUUGCUGAGAUCACAAACUCUUGCUUUGAGCCAGCCAAUCAGAUGGUGAAGUGUGAUCCUCGUCAUGGUAAAUACAUGGCCUGCUGUCUGCUGUAUCGUGGUGAUGUGGUGCCCAAAGAUGUCAACACCGCCAUUGCUGCUAUCAAGACCAAACGCUCCAUCCAGUUUGUGGACUGGUGCCCCACAGGCUUCAAGGUGGGCAUCAACUAUCAGCCUCCAACAGCGGUUCCUGGUGGAGACCUGGCCAAGGUGCAGCGGGCUGUGUGCAUGCUGAGCAACACCACAGCCAUCGCUGAGGCCUGGGCCCGUCUCGACCACAAGUUUGACCUCAUGUACGCCAAGAGGGCCUUUGUCCACUGGUAUGUUGGGGAGGGCAUGGAGGAGGGAGAGUUCUCGGAGGCCAGAGAAGAUAUGGCUGCUCUGGAGAAGGAUUAUGAAGAGGUUGGGAUUGACUCCUUUGAUGAGGAUGAGGAAGGAGAGGAAUAUUAGAUAAGUUUAGCUCACAUUUGCCAGUUGUUUUCAGGGACAAAACUUGUCCCUUUAGACAAUAUUUAAGAAAUGCAACACAUGUUGCAUGUUUUUCAAAUUUAGACGUAUGUUUUUAUUUUUAUUUAAAAAUGUACCUAGCUACCAAUAAAGCUGUUGUGCCAUCAAAAA